GCCGCAGCCGCCCGGGCGGAGCGCGUCCCGCAGCCGGCUUGUCCCCGUCGCGGCCCCGGGUGCUCGCCCCGGCCCGCCCGCCCGGUGCGGAGCUUGCCAUGGCGGCCACGGACCUGGAACGCUUCUCGAAUGCAGAGCCAGAGCCCCGGAGCCUCUCCCUGGGCGGCCAUGUGGGCUUCGACAGCCUCCCCGACCAGCUGGUCAGCAAGUCGGUCACUCAGGGCUUCAGCUUCAACAUCCUUUGUGUGGGGGAGACUGGCAUCGGCAAGUCCACGCUGAUGAACACACUCUUCAACACGACCUUCGAGACUGAGGAAGCUAGUCACCACGAGGAGUGUGUGCGCCUCCGGCCCCAGACCUAUGACCUCCAGGAGAGCAAUGUGCAGCUCAAGCUGACCAUCGUGGAUGCUGUGGGCUUUGGGGAUCAGAUCAAUAAGGAUGAGAGGCCCAUUGUUGACUACAUCGAUGCGCAGUUUGAAAACUAUCUGCAGGAGGAGCUGAAGAUCCGCCGCUCGCUCUUUGACUACCACGACACGAGGAUCCACGUGUGCCUCUACUUCAUCACGCCCACCGGCCACUCCCUCAAGUCCCUGGACCUGGUGACCAUGAAGAAACUGGACAGCAAGGUUAACAUUAUUCCCAUCAUUGCCAAGGCUGACACUAUCUCCAAGAGUGAGCUCCACAAGUUCAAGAUCAAGAUCAUGGGCGAGUUGGUCAGCAAUGGGGUCCAGAUCUACCAGUUUCCCACUGAUGACGAGGCUGUUGCGGAGAUUAACGCAGUUAUGAAUGCGCACCUGCCCUUUGCUGUGGUGGGCAGCACCGAGGAGGUGAAGGUGGGGAACAAGCUGGUCCGAGCACGGCAGUACCCGUGGGGAGUGGUGCAGGUGGAGAACGAGAAUCACUGCGACUUUGUGAAGCUCCGGGAGAUGCUGAUCCGGGUGAACAUGGAGGACCUCCGCGAGCAGACCCACAGUCGGCACUAUGAGCUCUACCGACGCUGCAAGUUGGAGGAGAUGGGCUUCCAGGACAGCGAUGGGGACAGCCAGCCCUUCAGCCUGCAGGAAACAUACGAGGCCAAAAGAAAGGAGUUCCUGAGUGAGCUGCAGAGGAAGGAGGAGGAGAUGAGGCAGAUGUUUGUCAACAAAGUGAAGGAGACAGAGCUGGAGCUGAAGGAGAAGGAAAGGGAGCUCCAUGAGAAGUUUGAGCACCUCAAGCGGAUCCACCAGGAAGAGAAGCGCAAAGUGGAGGAGAAGCGCCGGGAGCUGGAGGAGGAGACCAACGCCUUCAACCGCAGGAAGGCAGCCGUGGAGGCCCUGCAGUCUCAGGCCUUGCACACCACCUUGCAGCAGCCCCUGAGGAAGGACAAGGACAAGAAGAAUUAACGCACGCACAGACUUACAUGUCAAGAGCGGACUUUAGCCUUUCAUGUGUUAAGUUGCUUGAGUUACACCUUGUGACCCUUCUCCCAUAACAUGGUGUGAGGACGGACUGGGAGCCGGUACAGACUCCAGUGUUUACAGCCCUGCUCUGUCCCCCGCCCUGCCCCCAGCCGCCCUGGGCCUGGUGGGCCACCUGUCUCUAUGCAAACACGACAAAGCCAUGAAUGCUGGAACCCAGAACUGACGAGGUUUAUUUUUUUCAGAGCCAGUGGCUGGUCUUCCAUUUACAGUGUCACUAUUCCUUGACGGAGCCGUUCUGUGCCGCGCUAGCGAAGGCCCCGCGGUGCUUGGCUAAUUGUUCAGCGUCAAGACGGCAACGAUUGCGGUGCCUUAGGUGUGGCCGUGUGGUCUGGUACACAUGCUGCAAAAUUUGCCCAACUCCCCUUCAUUUUAAUUUUUCUAACCGAGAGCUUAAUUUCAAUAAUAACUUUUCAAACACUUCUAAAUUUUUAUUUUGUCACGAGUGUAAAGACGAAUAAUAUCCUAUCCCAUUAUUUUCAUAAGUAACACAGAUUCCCUGAUUUUUAAAAACUAAAAAUAUCUCUAAGCCUUUUUUAUGUAAAAGGAUCCCUAUGCUAUAUAGGGAGAGGUGGGUAAUAAACAUCCUGUAAUGACA